AUCACUUGGCAAACAGUCUGUUUUAAGACUUUAUCUUUACUACGACCAAAUGAAGUAAAGAAUGUCUGUUUCGUCAGCUGCAGAAAUCUAAGCUCUGCUUUCUCAGACGCCAGUGAAAGUUCUAAUCCGGCUAAUAAACAGACGCACAACAUUCGAAUCUCGUGCAUGGAAUUAUGAAUGAAUGUUGUUAUUUACACAAAUGGUUUUCCAAACGUUCUUUAUCAAAAAAAAAAAAAAAAAAAAAACAUGCGUAAUUAAAAUACAUAUGUGGUUUAUUUAGAGAAGUGUGUUUUAUUAAACUGUUUUACUACGCAAAAAAGAUGUUUAUUUGUUAUAUACAAUUACAUUAUGGAUCAUAGAUUAUCAAUUUCAACAGUUAGUGUGCAAUGAAUGAUUUAUAGGGAACCAAGUUCAGCCCCCGAUCAUGACUGGUCAGAAGGAUCGUCAAUGGUUAUCUGGCGAUCGCAGUGCAUUGCCCAAUCUACUGGCUAACUGUAGGUUGUGGCAUACUGCCGCAAUAAUUCGAAUAAAACCGAUUGACACUAUCAGCUCCAUUGAUUGAGAUAAGCCCGUUCUCACGCGGUAUUUACACUUCUUCACUUCACAAUCGCCCUGUCACGGUCCUCCCAAUAAACCCGCUCGCAAUAUAAAAAUAGUCUGGAAUCUUUCGUUUUUAUGGCAGGCCGACAAAGCCGUGUAUUUCCUGCUACGUCCAUUAUAAAGUGUUUGCUGCUCGAUCGUCGCUGUCGCUGUCGCUGAAAAUUUUGCUCUAAUUGCAAAGUUGUAACAUUGAGCUACAUUUUUUGAAGGGCUUCAUUGAAGAAGAUGCCAGCAGGUCUGGAGACUCACGCAUGAAUAAGAAGACACAGCAAACCAGAAUGGGUCGGCAUCUGAGCACAUUCCAGCUGGCUUUCCUGCUACUAAUUACAGUCGCCCUGGGAAAUGCCCAAACCAGUUCCCUGACCGUUGAUUCCCAUGACAUCACCGUUCUCCUCAACUCAAAUGAGACAUUUGUGGUAUUCGCUAACGAAGCACUAACUACGGAUGUGCAAGUCACGCUAACCACGGAUUCGGAAAACCACUUGCGACUGGAUCCUGCGUCAUUUAGUUAUCCUGCUGGCAGCAACCAGAAUCAGUCGGUGGUGAUAACAGGCCUGAUCGCCGGCUAUGUCAAAGUCGUCGCAGAUAGCGAUGCUGCAAACACGGAGAUCGUUAAGGAUGUCUUUGUGCGUGUUACUGUGGCCAAAUCGAGAGCUCUUAUAUACACCUCGAUUGUGUUUGGAUGGGUGUACUUCGUGGCCUGGUCGGUAUCCUUCUAUCCGCAAAUCUGGGUUAACUUUCGCAGGAAGUCAGUGGAGGGUCUGAACUUCGAUUUCCUGGCCCUGAAUAUCGUGGGUUUUACCCUGUACAGCAUGUUCAACUGCGGCCUCUACUUUAUCCAGGAUCUGCAGGACGAGUACGAGGUGCGAUAUCCUCUUGGCGUAAAUCCUGUGAUGCUCAACGAUGUGGUGUUCUCCCUGCACGCCAUGUUUGCUACCGUCAUUACGAUUCUUCAGUGCUUUUUCUAUCAGAGAGCCCAGCAAAGGGUGUCGUUUAUUGCCUAUGGAAUCCUGGGAAUCUUCGCCGUGGUUGUUAUUGUAUCUGCAGGCUUGGCAGGAGGAUCCGUGAUUCACUGGCUGGACUUUUUGUACUACUGCAGCUACGUGAAACUGACCAUUACCAUCAUCAAGUAUGUGCCGCAGGCUCUGAUGAAUUACCGCAGGAAGAGCACUUCAGGCUGGAGUAUUGGAAAUAUCCUGCUGGACUUUACCGGUGGUACGCUGAGUAUGCUGCAAAUGAUCCUGAAUGCUCAUAAUUACGAUGACUGGGUGUCCAUAUUCGGAGACCCCACCAAAUUCGGACUGGGUCUAUUCUCAGUACUCUUCGAUGUUUUCUUCAUGCUGCAGCACUACGUUUUUUACAGACAUCCGAGAGAAUCCUCGAGUUCUGAUCUCACCACAGUUACUGAGGCCCAGAAUCGAUCAAAUGAGUCGACGAGCGACGUGACGACUGUUAAAUAUUAAAGCAUUAACAUGUGUGCAGUUGACGACUUUUGUGCCAAUAGCGCUUUAUUGUACAUUUUAGAAUUGUAAAUAUAUUAUUUGUACGCUAUAGCUGCAUAAGCUUUUUUUAAA